AUCCCUUUCCAAAAACCUCCUCCUCCGUACACUCCUACAUACCAUACCCAACUGUCAACCCAUCGAAAGCAGUAAAAUAAAUCCAACACCAUCACCAGAAAUGUCUCAACCAAUGACAGGCGGUGACAGUGCCUCGAGCCCACUGCUCCCCACCACCUCCGACCACGCAAACCUCACCCCGCUGAACCCCGUGACGGCCCGAGACCUGCUGCAAUGGCUGCGCGUUAACCGGCUCGUCGACACGCACACUAUCCCGACCGGCGUCCUGCGCUCGGCCAUCCACUCAGCCGGGCCAGCAUCCGACGACCCCGACAAAGGGCACUGCGCGAAGAAACGCAGGACCAUCGCCUGCCUGAUGAUCACCGCAAUCGCCAUCAACACGCUCCUCACCAUCGUGCUGUUCGGCGUGCAGCAGGGCCACCGCCGCUGGCGCGGGAAUCCGCUUGGCAUCUAUGCGUUUGUCGUGUCGAUGCUGCUGUUCCUAAGCACCCUGCUAGCCGCUGUGUUCAUGUGCGGACUCAAGAAGGGACGGAAGACGGCGUAUGAGGGGAAUGGAAAUAUUGCGCUUGGUGGGGAGGAGAGCUUGAGGUUCUAGACGGUGCUGGUGGCGCACGUUUGCUCGCCUUGCCUUGCUGGCUGGAUGGAUGGCUGGCUGGAUGGCUAUAAAAGUUAUUUGCUUCUCUGCUUUUCUGUUAUGUACAACAAAAAAAUCAUUAUCGGUUUUCGUACGAAAUAAUUAAUAGUCCCUA